AUGGCUGAAAAAUUUGGGACGAAGCAAGUUUUCCGCAUUGCUCUUAUAAGCUUCAAAUAUUUGGGACUAUAUCCGGCGGAUGAUGCAGGCAUAUUCUACUAUAUCUAUUCUAUUUUCCUCAACACAAGUGUAACCCUCUUCUACCCACUUUCAAUGCUUAUAGACCUUUUCCUUUCUGCAAAUAUCAGACAUCUAUUUGGAAACUUGUCGGUCUGCUUUGCGGAGAUGAUGGCCAGCAUGAAAUCGGUCAAUAUAUACAUAAAUCGCAAACAAUUCCGUCGCAUGAAUGAAUUGCUAGGACGCUUGGAUGAACGCUUUCAAGCCGUUGGUGACCAUGACGAAGAAGUGUAUUUAAGACGGAUCGUCAAGGUAGCAUACCGCAUCUUAAUUGCUUACUUCACACCAUUCUCUAUGGCUGCUUUGACGUGCAUGCUACCAGCUGUCUUCUCGAAGACGAGAAGGCUGGUAUAUGCUGCCUGGUUUCCAUUUGAUUGGCAAAACAAUGACAGAACCUACAUCAUCAUCUCUACCUACCAAGUGCUAGGGAUAUGGGUUACAAUCUACCAGAACAUAAUGAACGACACGUACCCCGGACUAUAUCUGUGGGUUCUGAAAGGACAUUUCCGGGCACUGAAUAUCAGGGUCUCUAAACUAGGAUAUGACCCGAAAAAAAGUAGUGAAGAGAACUAUCAGGAGUUGUUGAGAUGCAUUUGGGAUCACAGGACCAUUUUAGAAUACCGCGACGUUUUUGAGAGCAUGUUUGGAGCAGUCCUUUUAAUUCAGUUCCUCAUUACUGAAAUAAGUGUUUGCAUCACCGCAGUCUACGUAUUUUUCGCCGAGAGUAAAGGAGAGAUAAUUUACACAGGAUCAUACUUCAUUUGCGUUUUGAUCGAAAUAUGUUUGCCAUGCUAUUGCGGAAACGAAAUUGCUCAUGAGAAUAACCAAUUUACGACAGCUUUGUUCUCUUGCAAUUGGAUGGACCAGGAUCGGAAAUUCAAGAAAGCGCUUAUUUUCAUUAUGCAGAAAACGGAGAAACCUCUAGAAAUAUAUGCUGGAGGUAUUGUAAGAGUCUCAAUAUCGACUCUACUUGCGGUUUUUAAAAGCACGUACUCAUUGUUUGCUAUCGUCAAUCGGAUGCGAUAG